AUGAUCACAAACUGCUCGUCACGCCCACCAUCCCAAGAGGGGUCUCAGUGUCAGCCUGAGAGUCCCUGCAGCCAGUCCUCUCAAGUGCUCACUCCAGCUGAGCAUGACCUUCUUCAGCAGGGCACCAUCCAAGAAGUUCCUCUAGGACCAGCUGAAGACACAUUGAAACCUCUUCACAUGCAUCGUAAUAGACACUUUAAACGUUUCAGCUCCCAGAGGCAAUCAACCUUGAGGGGCAGCAUGCCUCUCGCUCCAACAGAGAAGCGGCACGGUGCAAAGAGCUUCAGGAGGCGCUGUAAGCUGCUGGGAGAUGAGCAGCCAUUAUGUGUCACUACCAACAAUCAGCGCCAGCGUUACGUCACCAAGGAUGGCAAGUGCAGGGUCAAUCUGGGACACAUUAAAGACAAGAGUCGUUUUAUUUCAGAUAUUUUCACCACGUUAGUAGACCUCAAAUAUGUCUGGUUUCUUCUCGUCUUCACUGCGUGCUACAUUCUCACAUGGAUGUCCUUUGGUGGAAUCUACUUCUUAGGUGCUUGGCUACGUGACGACAUUGCGCACGUUCACGACUCGCAGUGGCAGGCGUGCUUUGAAAAUGUAGACAGCUUCCUCUCAGCCCUGCUGCUGUCGCUGGAGAGCCAGAGGACUAUUGGGUAUGGCACCAGGAGGGUGACAGCUAAUUGUCCUGAAGGUGUGGUGCUCCUGAUGAGCCAGUCCAUCACUGGCUCCAUUAUUGAUGCUGUGAUGGUGGGAUGCAUGUUUGUUAAAAUCUCCCGGCCGCAGCAGAGAGCCCAGACGUUGAUCUUCAGCAAGCACUGUGUCAUCUGCGAGCGUGACGAGAAGCUGUGCUUGCUCUUCCGCAUUGGUGAUCUUCGAGAGAGCCACAUGGUGGAUGCCAAAAUCCGGGCCAAGCUGAUCAAAUCCAGGCAGACCAAAGAGGGUGAGUUCAUCCCACUGGAGCAGUCAGAAAUCAAUCUGGGCUAUGACACUGGAGGAGACAGGCUUCUCCUGGUAGAGCCCCAAACCAUCACCCAUAUCAUCAAUGACAGUAGCCCCUUCUGGGAGGUGGGGGCCAAGCGUUUGAAGAGGGAGAUACUGGAGAUCAUCGUCAUCCUGGAAGGCAUUGUGGAGGCAUCAGGUAUGACAUGCCAGGCGAGGACAUCUUACACACAGGAUGAGAUUCUGUGGGGCCACCGAUUUGCCUCGUGCAUUUCCCUGGAAAAGGGGGCGUUCCUCGUGGACUACAGUGGAUUUGACAAAACAUUCGAAGUCCAAAUGUGUCCACUCAGUGCAAGAGACAGAAGCAGAGCAAAGGAUGAGGAUUCUCCUCUUUAGAAAAUGGAAACAGGUCUUGUUUAUGGGAGCUGAGAAUCUAUGGUUGCAAUAAUUUGAUCUAUUUUCCUGAGGUGGAAAGGUAACCAUUUUGCUAUCUAGUGGAAGAAGUAGGUGAACCUGGUCAUUUUCACUAAGAAAAUGUGUUUUGUUUUUUUAAGCCAAACAUGACCAUUCAUGACUUUCAUACCUCUUUUUGUACACGGAUAUUACACAAGUGACUUUAAGUAACUGAU